AUGCUCCUCCCCCCCCGCCCGCCCCCGUCUCUCUCCCGCCCUGCCCUCUACCGCCUCUUCCUCCACCACCUCCGCCUCCUUCCCGAUCCACAGGUAUGGGCCACCGCCGUCCCUCUCGUCCGCAAGCUGCUCAGCACCCCAGGCCCCCCUCCAACCGCACCCCCAGAGGAUGCCGAAGCGAGGGCGAAAUGGGAGAGCAUCAGGGCGUGGAGGGCUGAGCGUGCGAUGAAAAAGGCAAACAAGGAGCUGAGCCAGCUACGCGCUGCAGUGGCUUGCCAUCCUCACGCCCUCUCACGGCUAAUAGAAAGCAGCUACUACCAGCGAGGCGCUUCACGCUGGGAUCGCCUUCGAUCGAUUCUGAUCCAGUCAAAUCCUUCCUCUCCCCAGCUCGAUACACUUUCCACCCCCAUACCCUCUCCGCUUCGCCCCUUGAUGCCCCGCCAGCCCGGCCCAUCCGACCCCAUUGUCCGUGCGCGAUCAGCAAUCCCAGAGCGGAGACGCGAAAACAGAAAGACCAAGCUGCACGAACGGAAUUGGAAUCUCAUGAAAGCACCCAUCUAUCUUCCUGAUCCGCGGCCUGGAUCGGGGCAGGGGAGAGAGAAAGAGAGAGCAAAAGUGGAGAACAUGAGUAUCCUGGCGGGCAUCUCAGAAGGGUCGAUAACCACUCUGAAUCUUCCACCCCACAUCGCUCGCAUCAUCCCCAACCUUGGUUCACGACGCAAAUUACCACUGAAACCCUAUCCGCCCCCGCGUCCGAGCCAUACAAAGCAGAACCCAUCAACGUGGAAGCUGCCCCGAGAGUUUACCGGACGGAUGAGAGAGCGCGUUUAUCGGCGGGUUUGGGACAGCCUGCCAUGGGUUCGGCCCGUCAGCGAGGGCGGGGCAUGGAAAUCGUGUACGUGGGUAGACGUUCAGGCGUGGGAGCAAGGUGUCAUGGGCAGGGACUCGACGAGCUCAGAGACCCGGGGAAAGAGCGCGGGAAAGAAGGGAAGGAAGGCUGCAAAGGUCAACCAAGCCUAUGAAGACAGGGACCUGGAUCCUCGCAAGUGGCCACAUGCGACAGACAGAGACUAUCAAUGGCUUGCACGCGAUUUUAGUGAGGCUGUUGGGUCAACAGCCGAUGUGAUUCACAAAGCAUCAAUAUAG